CGGCAUUGUGUGUAGCUGUACGUGUGUUUGUUCAUGUGGCCGUGUGUGCGUGUGACAUAAGCUCAACAGUGCGCGGCGGCCGCGCGCACAGAGAAAGACGCGAGUCCGAGUCCGAAUUUCAAAUCCCGUGUAGUCAUCGUCGGGCCAGCGAUCCGCCACCUAUCCUCGGCUACGCGGCUACUCUCAGAGACUCUACUCGAAGACUCGACUCGCCGCUCUCUACGUUUUCAUCCACUCUUUUUCUUUCUUCUACCUUCACUACCAGACAUCCUUCGAGCAGAUCGUCAUGUCGCUCCAACAAAGAUUCGAUGAGGCCGCUGAGCGCGUCAAGCUACUGACGAAGCGACCGUCUGACAUGGAACUACUGGAGCUUUAUGCGCUUUUCAAGCAGGGCAGUAUCGGUGACGUCAACACCAGCAGGCCAGGGAUGUUCGACUUGAAAGGUAAAGCUAAAUGGGAUAUGUGGAACAAUAAAAAAGGCAUGAGCCAAGAAGAAGCCAAGGAAGCUUAUAUCAAAUUCGUUGAUAGACUCAUGGAGCAAUACAAGGAGGAUGAGGAAUAAUCCAUUUCGAGCUACCAUAAAUCUAUAAGGAUGCAAUUGAUUUAGUUGUGGUGCUUGGUAGGUGUCUUUGGAAAUCGGUAUUCAACUACUUAGCCUUCGCACACAAUCACUUAUACACACACUCACUCACACAUACACACACACAUACACGUACGUGCAAACUACCGUCGCAUGUUAAAUCCAUAAAUGGAUUGCUUUCCUUGUUAAAAAUAAGAAUGAUAAAUAAAUUUACACAAACAUAUAUGUUAUAUAGAAAUGACAAAGAAUGUAUAUAAGUAUUUGGUUGUAUAAAUUUUGUUUUAAAUCAUAUGGAUGUUGAAAGGAAACAAAGAGAAGAUAUUUACCUUAA